AUGGAACGCCCUACGCCGCGUGUAACUAGUAAUAUGCUUGGCGAAUGUGCCGGUAGGACUGUCAGGAUCGUUGGAAAAGUAAAUGAAGUGAGUGAUCGCGCUGCACAGGUGGAUUGCAAUGGUCAACCUUUCGAAAUGAACCUUACCGUGGAUAAUAAUUUGGAGCCUAUGCAUUUUUACGAGUUUGUGGUCUCUGUAAAACCUGAUACUUCUGUACAACUUCUUACUUGCGUCGAUUUUGGAACCAGCAUAGAUAUGGAUGCAUACAAAAACCUUGUUCAGUUUAGCAACAAGUAUAAAUCCUUGUUCUACGAAUAG